UACAAUAAAUUAUGUCACUGCCCUGUCAGCGAGUGUUUAACGUACCAGGUGUAGCUUUCUGCGUGCCAUCAUGGUACAAACCCUUGACAUAGAACACUAACUCAAAAUGAUUUCAGAAUAAAAGAAACGCUGUAUUUGGUGGAGCGGGGAUUCAAGGAAUGUUGCGCUGAGUUUGAUUCAACCUGUCUACUAAACUCGAAAGUUCACCACAAUGUGUCAUUGCAAAUGCUGUGACAGUUGGGCCCAUUGCUGCAAGUAUACAUGCAGGCUGGUGGUGGCCAUUUUAUGCCUGCCAUUCCUACUCGUCAUCAGUUUGGUCGCCAUUCUCGUGGCGAUUAUCAUUUGCCCUUUGAAAUGUUGUUGCCCGUGCUGUGCACCAUGUCUCGACUGUAUACUAAAAGGUGUGACAUUCCUAUUAAAGGCACCGUUUUUGUUUGUCAUGUGGAGCGUCAAGAUGGCAACGGGUGACGACGACGACGACGAAGAGAAACAACAACUCCCGAAACACGCGGCCGAGUAUGGCACGAGCGACCCGCCGCAGACAACGGGGGGGACAGAAGAAGCAGAACUAACAGAAUUUGACGAGCCCGCUAAAACAGAGGAGUCCACUGAUAAAGCAGACGAGUCCACUAACAAAGCAGACGAGUCCACUAACAAAGCAGACGAGUCCACUGACAAAACAGAGGAGCCAACAAACAAAGCAGACGAGUCCAUAUAAAACAGUUGAUCCCGUAAUAGGGAUUGUUAUGGAACUUUGUGUUCGGCUAGAACUCAACUGGUGAUGUUAUUUUUAUUGCUUGAUUGAACUUUCUUGUACAGAUGUUAAGAAUAUUAUUAUAUUAUUUAUUUUAGCAGUUUUUCGAUUUGGAAGUUGUAAAGUAAACUGGCUACACGGCUGUUCACAGUUGCAUGGAUUCUGACUAGCAAUCCUACACAAAAUAUUGAAAAUAAAUAGAGCAGCCGCCAACAUAGAAAUAAUAUGAUAGUUUAGUUGGUACAUACAGCGGCGGCACGUUAAACUUCUCUGGUUCAUAUCACGCCUUGUCAAUUUUUCAUUGUUCAACCCAAAAUAUUUUGUCAUUAGCUCCCUUUGGUUUUGUACACACUUUUGUAUCCAAAGGAUACGUACAUUAUACCCACCCUGUCCACUUGUCCUUUUAUGAUGUUAUAAUGUCACGGUUUGAAAGUGUUCCCGCACCCGAUGGAGUGUAAACCGAGAGGAGGACAACCCCCCUUGGUUCUACCAUUGUUUAA